AUGAUUUAGUUGAAAAAUAAAGAUAUAAACAAUAUUAAAAAAGAAAUAUUAUAGAGUGGUGAAAUUGAUCAGCAAUCAAUUUAAAUUAGCAAGUUUCAAAAAGUAUCGUUUGAUGUGUGUGAAGAAAUAAUAUCACAAAAUAAAGAAGGAGAUGAUAAAGAAAAUAUUUUUUAAAUAAGAUGCUCUUCAUUAGCGUGUGAGAUAAUUAGGUAUAUAUCACAGUACAUCUUAGCAUCUAAGAGAAACAAACCUGAGAAAAGGUUUGAUGCUUUUAGAAUUUAACCCAGAAGUGAAAAAAUGAGAUUAAGAGAUUUUGGUUUUGAUUGCAUUGAUUGCGGUGAUGAUGAAAAACUCAGAAGAGGGCGCAGUGGAAGAAUUGAGGAAAAAAUAGACGUUGAAUUAUUAAAUGAAGAAUAAAAAUAAAAUUUUAGACUGCAAUAAUUAGUUAAUAAUUUAAUAAUAUCUAAAAAUCCUUAAGAUAAUGAUUUGAUUAUUACUUUUGAAGAUUAUUCUCAAGUGUUAAAACAGUUUUAAGCAUUUUCUCCUUCUUUAUUUUUUGAUGGAAAUUCUAAAAAAAUUAUUUUACCAAAUAGACAUUAUAAUAAUUUUUUCUAAAAACUCCGCCAACUAUUAACAAACAAAUAAUAGAUUGUUAGUAAAGAAUAUGAGUAGUCAGAUAUAGCUCUGAAUUAAUAAAAUUACAAUACAGAUUGUACUCCAUCUCAAUUAUCUUUUACAUAAUAUGAUUCUUAAGUUGAUCAGUAAACUAAAAAAAGUACUCGAUAAGAUUAAUCUAAUAAAUAGGAUCGUAUUGAAAUAGUUUACUUAAAUAAAAUCAAAUAACUUAUCCAGAUUUUAUCAUUGAUUUUUGAAAACAACUGCUUUAAUUACAUUCUUAAAUCGGAGAAUUUUGAUAAUUUACUUCAAAAGUAACGUAAAAAAACAGUAGAAUUAAAUGGAAAUAUAAAUUAAGAAGUUAAUAACACUCAAUUAAGUGAACCUAUUUCAUCUGAAAAUACUAAUAAUAACAAGAAUACCAUGAAUUAAGAUUAAAUAAAAAUAAACUAAACAAAAAUCCAAGAUACAUCUUCUAAUUAUUAAAGCUAUUAAAAUAGAGUAUAUACUUAUCAGUCUUUGAGAGAUAGAGCUGGUUUUGAUUUUCCUUACAGAGUAAGUAAAAUGUGGGAAGACGAGCUUGAAUUUGAAUCAGACUCAGAAUUAACUGAUUCAGAAGAAGAUGACGAUUUAUUUUAUUAUGGAUAUCCUCAUCCUCAUCAUAAUAAAAAUCAUAUGAAUAUUGAUUUAUUAAACCCUAAUAGUGGAUAAGAUUCUAUUAUCAAGCAAAUAUUUGCAUAGUAUGAUAUGUAAUCAUAUUAAGCUCCUCUCAUGAUGAUGAUACCAUAGACUACUCCAAGAAGAAGAAACUCUAUGGAUAUGCAAGACUCUCGAAGCAGCAACUAAAAUAUCUUUGGGUUAGCAUAAUUUUUUAAUCCUUUUGCUGCAGCAUCUCAUCAUUAUAAUUUACAUUACACACCUUAACCUCAUUAGUAUUAUUAAAUGUCCCCACAACCAAUAUAGCAUCCACAAUCACAUUAACACAAUCACCUUACUCCUCCACAUAUCAAUUAGUAAUAAAAUCCAAUAAUAAAUAAUUAUGCAUAAUUGCAAAAAUAAAACUAAUAGUAGCUUUAAAAUUAAAAUUCCUAGCCGUCUUAAAGCAAUGGGAGUUAAUAAAAUAUUUAAAAUUAAUAGGGACUUAACAUUUAAAAUCAAUCAAUAGGAUAAUCAUAACUUUAACAAAAGCAAUAGUAACAAUCAUAGCAAAUUAAUUAACAAAGUUAAAAUCUUUAUGGAUUAGGUUAACAAUAAUAAAAUUAAUAAUAGCAGCAUAGUAUGUAAUAAAAUAUGAUGGGUCAUGGAUUUAAUCAUUACAAUCUUGCAACACAUAAUUUACAUAACUUAGGCUACGUAUAAAAUUUACCAAUAAACCUACAUAAUAAUCCUCAUUAACAUGGCUAAAUAUUUUUAAAUGCACCUCCUCCACAUAUGUUUUAAAUGAUUAAUAAUAAUAGUAAUAGCAAUAAUAACAGUUAAGAUUUUUAUAAUCACUUAUUUUAAACAUAAAACUUUAAUAACUAAUUUUUUCCUAUUCAUUUGUAACCUACAACGAUGUUUAAUGGAAACAAACAAGGUUUAGCUCCAAAUAACUCAAACGAUAAUUAAAAGCAUAAAAAUUUAGAAAGUUAAUAAAAUGAAAUUAUAUCAAGUAUCAAUAAAUAAUAAACUUAGCAGUAAACUCAAGUAGGCAAUCAAAAUUAGUCUUAGUAAAAAUUAAAUUUACAAAAUAAUAACUAUAAUUAAAUUAAUAAUGAUAACAAUAGUUUGAAUAAUGGUUAAUCUCAAAAUGGAUAAUCAAACAAGAUAUAGCAAAACUAACUAAAUAAUGUCGAUUAAUCGUCUAUUUUCAAAUAAAAUUUUUUAUCAGGAAUACCUCCACAAUAAUCAAUGUCACCAUAAAUUGGUCUAGAUAGUAAUAAAAUGGAUAACUUACCAUAAUUAUUAAAUAACAAUCAAAAUUAUAACAAAAUUAAUAACAAUAAUUAAAGUUAAAAUUAAAAUACUUAGUAGCAAUAAUAAUAGUCAUCAUAACAGUAGCAAAGAUCGUUAUCUCAUCCAUCAUAAGCUGCAAGUGGUUUUAAUAUUCUUCCAUCUCCAGAAUCCAUAAAUAGUACAAACAUUUAAUAAUAAAAUAAUAUUUAAAAUAAUCAAAGUCAAUAAUUGUUGUAGCAUCAACAAAUAAUUAGAAACACGACCAAUUUUCAAGAUUAAAAUUUGUAAAAUUUAUUACUUUUACCAAACAUAAUUUAGAAUCACUCAUUAAAUCAAACGCAUCAAAACUCCUAGUAGCAUAUAGCUAUGCAAAAUCAAUAGCAUCAACAAAUUCCUUCUUAAUAAUAACUAAAUAAUAAUAUUCAUAAUUCAAGCAAAAAGUAAUAAAAUUAACAAAGCUAAAAUUUUAAUUCGAUUAAUUAAAAUAUAAGCACAAACAGUAGUCCUAGCCAUAAUUUCACAAUUAACUAAAAUAAUUUAUAAAAUAAUAACUAGUAAAAGAAUAAUAGUAAGUCUGCAAAUUAGCAAAUGCCUGGCUCUCAAUAGCAUCUAUAACAGUACUCAAAUUAUAAAUUAAACAAAAAUACUUAAUACAACAAAGAUGUCUCUCAUUUAGUUUCUCCUGUUUAAAAAAAUCAAGGACACAAAUAGUAUUAAAAUAACAAUAAUAACUAGACUUAAUAAUCACACUCUCCGUUAUCUGCUCUAUCUUUAGAUGAUUAAAUGAUCGGUCCUAGUGUCUCUAAUAAUAGCAAUAAUAGCAAUAGUAAUAAUAGUAUAAAUUCAAAUAAUUAAAAUAGUCAUUUCAAUAACAAUUAAUAUAACAAUCAUCCUUAUGGAUUCAAUUAACAAAUUAAUAAUUAAAAUAAUAAUAAUAAUAAUAAUAAUAAUAAUAACAAUUUUAACAAUUAUUAAAAUCAUUUAAGAGGGACCAAUUAGAAAUAAUAAACAAAUAGCAAUAAUUACACAAAUAAUACAAAUUAAAGUUAGAAUCAAACCUAAAAUUCUACAAUUAGAGGGUAAGCUAAUUCUUUAGGAGUUCUUCCAGGUGGCAACAAUUCUAACUAAUCCAAUUUUAAUACACCAUCUUAAUAAUAAUAAAAUUAAAAUUUUAUUCAUUAAAGAUAAUAGAACUAAAAUAAUAACUUAUAAUACAAUAAACAAAAUUUUUAAAAUAACAACAAUUCUAAUUAAAAUUCAAACCAAAAAGUAAAUUAAGGACAAAGUAAUAUAUCAUCAAAUGCUAACACUACUAAUAGCAAUAUUAAUUAAAAUUAGAAUAAUUAGGGUAAUUUGAAUUUUAAUAACAAUACAAACUAUUAGUAAAAUAAAAAAUACCACUAGGAUAACUAAACUAACGUUAGCAACAUGCAUUAAAAUAAUGUUAAUAAUCAAUAAUAAUUGUAAUAUAAUAACAAUUCUAAUGGUAGCAGUAAUAAUAAUAACAGCAAUAAUAACAACAAAUCAAAUAAAAAGAAGCUAGGCCAUUCUACGAGCUAAUAAAGCAUAAGCAAAAAUAAAAAUAAUAUCGCUAAUUAAGUGAAUAACUUAAAUACGAAUCAAAACAAUGUUAGUAAUUAAAUAAAUUUGCCAAUAAUAACAAACAUAAUAUAAAAUGUAAACAUUGCAAAUCCUCAAUACCAAUAAAAUUAAAUGUAGUCUAGCUCAAAUAAUUCUUCUAUAUCAUCAAAUAAUUCUAAUUCUAAUAAUAGCAAUUCUCACAAUAGUAAUAAUAAUAACAAUGGUUAGCAUAGCACUUUUAAGAAUUUAAAGGACUAAAAGAGAAAUAAUAACUUUAUAAGAAAGCCACAAAAUAAUCAAAACAACUAAUCUUCAUCAUAGAACUACAACUAAAACCAAUAAACAGUUAACAAUAACAAUAAUACUCUUAAUUCUAAUCUAAAUAAUUCAUGA